GCUACAGGAUAUACAAAAGACAUUUCAAUGUAGCAACCUUCAAAUUUAAGAUUGUCGGAGCCACAACAACAAAUUUACUAUUUUCUUUAUUUCUGCAGCGCUUGAGGUGGAUAACUGAUACACCACGUCGUCACGUACAACAAUCUACCUGUGGACCACUCUCUGAGCUUAUUUUUCUGAACUCUGCUCACUGUGAAUUUCAGAACAACUGCUUUUUCACAAAGUAAAUAAAAUAAAGUUAAAAAGUAUGGACCACCUGCUACCGAUUCUUUCUGAGGAGGAAUACGCAGCUGAAAUCGAAUUGUGUGAUAAGGCCGAAGAUCCGGAUGAAGUAGACAAUGUGAUAAAGAGAUGGUUGAGACUAUAUUUACCCGCAUUGACGCCUGGUGAACUCACUCAGGAAUCCUUAGAUAUUAUUAAAUGCAGAGUUACACAUACGGAGAUAAUGACUAAACUUUCAAGAAGAUAUAGAAGAUUGAUGGAGGACCAAAAAAGCUCUACCAAUCAAUUAAAUGUCACUGCAAGCGACGCAAACACGACGCAUGCUGAACCAAGUACAAGUAGCUCCUGCGCCACAGCACCCCCUGCACACAGCACAAGUACACCAACAUUUAACCCCCCACCAACCACGGCAAGUUCAUUGCCUAUGCAAAUACCAAAUUUGCCCACUACAAGUAGUUCCAGCGUCAUAGCACCCCCUGCACACAGCACAGGUACACCAACAUUUAACCCCCCACCAACCGCGGCAAGUUCAUUGCCUAUGCGAAUACCAAAUUUGCCCACUACAAGUAGUUCCAGCGUCAUAGCACCCCCUGCACACAGCACAGGUACACCAACAUUUAACCCCCCACCACCCGUGGCAAGUUCAUUGCCUAUGCGAAUACCAAAUUUGCCCACUACAAGUAGUUCUAGCGUCACAGCACCCCCUGCACACAGCACAGGUGCACCAACAUUUAACCCCCCACCACCCGUGACAAGUUCAUUGCCUAUGCAAAUACCAAAUUUGCCCCCUACUGACGACUGUGAGUACACAGUGAUUGGUCCGAAUGGCACAACGGUAUCCACCAGAGUUUUCCAAGACAUAUCAUUUAAGGAGCCGACCGUGGCCACGCGCAGCUUGCUUUGUUUGGUCUUCACGGAAGAGGUCUUGGCGAGAAAUACACUCAGCGGUAAGCCCUCACCAGCAUUUAAGGGUCGUGAACGUCCUCUUAAGGGACAACUAGAUCCGGACAAAGUUUCAGAUGUCAUACAUUGUAUUACAUCGCGCACAGAUUUCACUGAAAAGAAUGUUCGCACCGUAAUCACCGCAAAAUGUUCGGAUAGCACAAAGAAGAUAAAAAAACUUAAGCGGAAGCAAGAAUAGAAGCCACGGUGGCUCGGUAGCCACAAAUUAUAUGUUAAAUUUAUUUAUAAGGAAUCGGUUUUAUAUUUUAUUUUAUGUUAUCUAAAGAUGGUUUAUGUUACACAUGUAUGUAUGUACAUAUAUGUAGAUAUAAUUAGUUGAUUUAUACGUUGUGACAAGUGAUCUUUGAUUUGUCUAUUGAUAAGAUAUUUCAUAUAUGGUAAAUUAUAUAUUUAUUUAAAAUUUUCUUACUCGAUAGUUAUAUUAUUCAUAAUUAGUGAUUUUAUAAUUAAGUUUAUUACAAAAAAAGAGAAGGAGUAAGGAAAACGAUGAAGAAUAACGGGGAGAGAAAGAUACUCACUUUCAAGGCGGAUUAGUUGCGAGCACGUUUAUGUUCCAUAUUCUUGCCUUAUAUGUGAAUUAUAUAUGAUUUUAGUUUAUUGCUGGAUUUGUAAGAGCAUUUUAUGUCAUUUAUGAGUUUUGCUAUAUAUUUUUAUUAUAUACUUGUAUAAUUAAUAGUUUUAAUACGUUUAAAAAAAGUGUGGAUGUAAGGACAAGUUGUGAUGAAACACAAAAGAAAUACUUUGAAGACAAAUUAGUUGUGAGCUCGGUUGAUAUUAUUAUAUGUUAAGGAAAUAUAAUCUAAUUAUACUAUAUUAGUGUAGUAUUUUAUAUAAUUUAUGUAUUAAUGUUU